CACACCAGCCUCCAUGACGGACACAGUCUGUGGCUUAGAAGGAAAGCCUCCCAACCUCAUCCCUCCUUCCUUUCCUCCUUCCUCCCUUCCCUCUCCCUUCCUUCCUUCUCUCCUUGGUCUUCCUCCCUCCUUCCCUCCCUCCAUUUCCCUUCCCUCACAGACAGGCCACCUCGCAACAGCCACGCUGCCUCAGGGAGACCUACCACAUGGGGCCACUCUGCCUAGCAACAGCCACUCCUUCAUCUAGAAAUACUCACGUUCUUUUAUUUCCCUCUCCUUUGUUCCCAGAAGUUGUUUAUUUGUAAGUUCAAACUCCUCAGUUAUUUUCAGUUGGAGAAUAGUGUUUGGCACGUUUGUUCCAAAUCCAUGAAGCUAUCUAUGAAGGGAGCCCUUGUGGUGCAAACGGACGGACAAACCAACCAACCACACUUUUGGUAGAUAUAGGUAUAGAUAUAUACGCACAACCCAGAGUGGGGGAGCCAUUUUAGAUCCCAAGCGGCAGUGGCCAUUGUAAAUGGGGCAGUGUCAUGCCUAUCAAAUCCCCUUCAGAAGGCGGCCGCCAUUUUGAAUUCCCCUCAUUGAAGACAGUGGCCGUUGCUUCACCUCAGUGGGAAUCAAGAUGGCUGACAGAGUCUCUCUGCAGAGCGUCUCCCUUUUCUAGAAGGCUUUCACGCUCUUCCUUGUGAGUCUCCCUUGGUCAGAAAGAGAAACGGGAGCAGGAAGAGGAGCAGGCACCGCAUUCGGCCUGCAUUGGAAGCAUCUCGCCUCUCCUGGCAAACGCCUGGCACGUGGAGCGGCCCAAUGGAUGUUGCAUCAGUCUCAGAGGGCACAGAAUAUGGCAAGAGAUGAUCACUUACCUUUUAAUAAAACCAAAGAACUACACAAAUUACAAACAACUAGAAACAUCAUUUGUUUUGCUGCCUAGAAAAAUAAAGUGCAUUGCUGCCUACAAAAACAGCAACGCGCCCAACAACAACACAAGUGCAGCCAGGCUCCCAAACAAGUGGUAGACCCCUCCUGCCACCAAUCUAUGCAUGCCCUUCUGUGAGAGUAUGGCAACUAAAAGAAAGAAGAUUCUUGUAUCAAUGGAACAAAAACUUGAGGCAAUCAAGAGAUUGGAUAAAGGAGAGACGAUUAAGAUGGUUGCCAGUGACUAUGGUGUUGGAAGGGUAACAGUAGGAGACUGGAAAAGGCAUCGAUUGGAGAUAGAAAAAUGGUGUUCCUCCAGAGUUACCGAUGGUGCACUAAAAGAGAGGAAAACAAUGAAAAAGUGUGACUAUGAAAAAGUUAGUGAAGCUUUGUAUGUUUGGUAUAUGCAGUUCAGAGACAAAGGUGUGCCUAUUUCAGGGCCUAUUUUACAGCAGAAAGCAUUGCAUUUUCAAAAGGAAUUUAAUGAAGGGGACCCAGAUUUUAGCGCAAGCGCUGGUUGGCUCAACAGGUGGAAGAAACGUUAUGGAAUCCGUCUCUUAAGUGUUUGUGGUGAGCAGCUGUCAUCAAAUUAUCAAGAAAUGGAGGCAUUCAAGAAAAAAUUACAAGACUUUGUUGAAACUGAAAGCCUAAUGGACGAUCAGAUUUUUAAUUGUGAUGAGACCUGCCUCAAUUACAAAAUGUUACCUAGUAGGAGCCUUUACUAUGGCUAUAAGCAUAGUAAAGAACGGCUGACCAUUUUAGCAUGCAGCAAUGCUACCGCAAGCCACAAAAUGGACCUCGCAAUGAUUGGGAAGCCCAAAAAUUUAAGAGCCUUUAAAACAGUUUCAAAAAACGUUAUUCCUGUAAAAUAUUAUAAUCAAAAAAAUGCAUGGAUGACCAGUGAAAUUUUCAAAGACUGGUUUUUUAAGGAAUUUGUUCCUUCCACUGAGAAAUUUUUGAAAGAAAAUUACCUGCCCAGAAAAGCAGUUUUGUUGCUAGACAAUGCCCCAACGCACCCUGAUGCAGAGAAGCUUCAAGAUGGGGACAUUAAGGCGAUGUUUCUGCCACCUAAUGUAGCCGCCAUAUGCCAACCAAUGGAUCAGGGCAUUUUGGAAACGGUAAAAAGGAACUAUCGCAGGAAGCUACUGUCAACAAUAAUAGAAGAAAUUGAAGAAGGGCAAGACAUGAUUGAAAAAUGGAAAAACAUCAAUGUAAAAGAAGUUGCUUAUUGGGUUGCAAGGGCCUGGACUGACGUUAAGGCUCCAACAAUUGCCAGAUCAUGGAAGAAGUUGUUAGGCGAAGAUAAAGAUGAAAUUAUGGAAAGGGAAAGCACAGAUGAAACCGAAGAAAGCAUUCUACCCUUAGUACAGCGUGUCCCUGGGUGUAAGAAUGUGUCUUCGCAAGAAGUUGAAAGUUGGAUGAAUGGAGACGAUCAGUGUGAAAUAACUGAUGAAGAAAUUGUCACUCUUAUCAAUAACGAUGGCAAUGGCGACGAAAUUGAUGAUCAAGCAACAACUGUCGAGCCUCUUAGAAUUUCGCACAAGGAUAGGGUUGGGACUCAAGAAACCGCAGUGACAUAUAUUGAGCAACAAGAAGAAGCUACAGGGAUUGACAUGAUGCUGCAAAGAUGGCGAGACUCGGCAGCAAAGAAACGGCAAUCAUCGGGAAAGCAGGGGAACCUGGCAAAAGUGAAAUAUCUAGCGGAUAGGAUGGGAGGGAAAGACUCUUCGGAGCCCAACCUGGGAAAAGGCCCUUCCCUCAUUCAGGCCAAGCCUAGUGGAGCAUUGGAGGAAAGAGCCAGGCAGAAAAGCCUGCAGGAGGAAGUGCUCUCUUCAGAUUUACGGAGCCAGCAAUUCAGGAACUUUGGCUACAGGGAGAUGUUGGGACCUCGGGAGGUUUGCAGCCAGCUGCACCUUCUCUGCCGCCAGUGGCUCCAACCAGAAAGACACACCAAGGCGGAGAUGUUGGACUUGGUGGUGUUUGAGCAGUUCCUGGCUCUCCUUCCGCCUGAGAUGUCAUCCUGGGUGAGAGAAUGUGGGGCAGAGACCAGUUCCCAGGCGGUGGGCCUGGCAGAAGGCUUCCUCCUGAGUCAGGCAGAGAAGAGGCAGGAAGAGGAGCAGGAUUUGUUUCCGGAAAGGAUCCCUGAGGUAGAUCAGUGUUUUCCUGAAUCCAGUCAAAGGCAGCAGCCAAGGUGGAUGGUUCAGGACGGAGAAGGAAAGUCUCCCUCAAUGGGAGAGGGAACAAGGACUGGGUCUACCAGUAUAAGUGCAUCUCUUCCUCAUGAUGAACUCAGAACAGCAUCUGCAAAAGUACAUCAGGUGACUUUUGAGGAGGUGGCUGUGGAUUUCACAGAAGAAGAGUGGGCUCUGUUGGACCCAGGCCAAAGGGCCCUUCAUCAGAAGGUGAUGGAGGAGAAUUUGGAAAUCCUGUUCUCUCUGGGAAGAAAUUCUGGAAACAAUUCCUCGUUAAGAUCCCAACUUCUGACAGAUCAAGGAACCAAAACAGCUGAAAAAAUAUCAAAGCGUUUGAAGGGUAAAAAUAGAUUCCGAAAAAAUGCAUUCCUUACCCGUUACAAAUCAAAUCACACAGGGAAGAAACCAUUUCAUUGUUGGGUCUGCAGAAAGGGUUUCAUUUGGAAGAGUCACCUCCUUUGUCAUCAAGCAACUCACACUGGAGAGAAACCAUUUACAUGUGCAGAGUGUGGGAAAGGCUUUAUUCUGAAGGCAUGCCUCACUCGGCAUCAAGCAACUCACACUGGGGAAAAACCAUUAAAAUGCCCGGAGUGUGGGAAAGGCUUUAUUUGGAAGGCACACCUCACUUGGCAUCAAGCAACUCACACUGGGGAAAAACCAUUCAAAUGCCCGGAGUGUGGGAAAGGCUUUAUUUGGAAGGCACACCUCACUCAGCAUCAAGCAACUCACACUGAGGAAAAACCAUUCAAAUGCCUGGAGUGUGGAAAAAGUUUCACUCGGAAGACAUCCCUUACCUAUCAUCAAGCCACUCACAAUGGGGAGAAGCCAUUUCAGUGUCUGGAAUGUGGGAAAGGAUUUAUUCGGAAGGCAGAUCUGACUCUUCAUGAAACGAUUCACAGUGGGCAGAAGCCAUUUCAGUGUCUGGAAUGUGGGAAAGAAUUUAUUCAGAAGGCACAGCUCACUGGGCAUCAAGCAAUUCACACUGGAGAGAAACCAUUUACAUGUGCAGAGUGUGGAAAAGGCUUUAUUCGGAAGGCACACCUCACUCAGCAUCAAGCAACUCACACUGGGGAAAAAGCAUUCAAAUGCCCGGAGUGUGGAAAAAGUUUCACUCAUAAGACAUCCCUCACUUAUCAUCAAGCCACUCACAAUGGGGAGAAGCCAUUUCAGUGUCUGGAAUGUGGGAAAGGAUUUAUUUGGAAGGUACACCUCACUCGGCAUCAAGCAAUUCACACUGGAGAGAAACCAUUUGCAUGUGCAGAGUGUGGAAAAGGCUUUAUUCGGAAGGCACACCUCACUCAGCAUCAAGCAAUUCACACUGGGAAAAAACCAAUCCAAUUCCCGGAGUGUGGGAAAAGUUUCACUCAUAAGACAUCCUUCACCUAUCAUCAAGCCACUCACAAUGGGGAGAAGCCAUUUCAGUGUCUGGAAUGUGGGAAAGGAUUUAUUCGGAAGAGAGAUCUCACUUGGCAUCAAGCAAUUCACACUGGGUGAAACCAUUCAAAUUAGAGUGUGGGAAAGUUUCAAUCACAAGGUAUCAAUUACUCCUCAUCAAACAGCACACAUAGUGGAGAUACGAUUUAAAUGCUUGGAGUGUGGGAAAGGAUUUUUUCCGGAAGAACAGCCUUUCUGAGCAUCAAAGAACCCACAGUGUGGAGAGGCCAUUCAAAUGCCUGGAGUGUGGAAAAGGUUUCAGUCGGGAGGCCUGCCUUGGUCGUCAUCAAGCAACUCACUCAAGGCAGAAGCAGUUGAAGGUCUUGCAUGACAUUAAAAAUCCAUAGUGAUGAAAAACCAUUGAUACGUUUAGAGUCUGAAAAGUGUUUCACUAAUGACUCACAGAACAACUCCUAUGCAAGAAUACAUAGAAAAUAAAUCGUUCAGAGUCUU